AUGGUAGCGAAGCGCCUCUCCAAAUUCUUUCCCAAAGGUUCUGGCCUCCGUUGGAGCCAGAAGUACCAGCCCUUGGGGAGCAAAGACCUGGAAGGAGAGCCUGAAGAAGAAACGGAGUUGAAAGCAGUCAAGCAAGAGAAAGAAAUAACGGCCCUUCCUCCCAAAGAAGCUUGCAGAUGCCACAUAGAUGACUUGGAAAAAAUAUUCCAGGUGGAUUUAGAGACGGGCCUGUCUGAAUUCUCAGUGCUGCAACGCAGAGUCAAGCAUGGCUGGAAUGAAUUUGUGGUAGACAACACAGAGCCAAUCUGGAAGAAAUAUCUAGACCAGUUCAAGAACCCGCUCAUCCUUCUGCUCUUGGCCUCUGCUUUAGUCAGUAUUAUUACUAAAGAAUAUGAAGAUGCCGUCAGUAUCACCAUGGCAGUGAUCAUUGUGGUAACUGUGGCUUUCAUUCAGGAACACCGUUCUGAAAAGUCCCUGCAAGAGCUUAGCAAAUUAGUCCCACCAGAAUGCAACUGUGUGAGGGAAGGGAAGCUGCAACACCUUCUUGCCCGAGAACUCAUACCUGGAGACGUAGUAUGCCUUUCCAUGGGAGACCGGGUUCCGGCAGACAUACGACUCACAGAGGUGACAGACCUCCUAGUGGAUGAGUCCAGUUUUACAGGGGAGGCUGAACCUUGUAGCAAGAACGACUGCCUCCUAACAGAAGCCGGAGACCUGACGACCCUCAGCAACAUCGCUUUCAUGGGAACCCACGUGAGGUACGGCAAGGCAAAGGGCAUCGUCAUUGGGACGGGUAAAAACUCCCAGUUUGGAGAGGUGUUCAAAAUGAUGCAAGAGGAAGAGACCCCCAAGACUCCUCUGCAGAAAAACAUGGAUAAACUGGGAAAGCAGCUUACAUUAGUUUCCUUUGGCAUCAUUGGUUUACUCAUGCUGAUUGGUUGGCUGCAAGGAAAACCUCUUUUGAGCAUGUUCACAAUUGGAGUGAGUUUGGCAGUGGCUGCCAUCCCAGAGGGCCUGCCCAUCGUGGUCACCGUGACGCUAGUACUGGGUGUCUUGAGAAUGGCCAAGAAACGUGUCAUUGUGAAGAAGCUGCCGAUUGUUGAGACUCUUGGUUGCUGCACCGUCAUCUGCUGUGAUAAGACGGGGACUUUGACGGCCAAUGAGAUGACAGUAACUCAGCUUGUGACCUCAGAUGGGUUCAAGGCUGAGGUGAGUGGGGUUGGAUACAACGGAGAGGGAAGCGUGUAUCUUCUGCCAUCCAAAGAAGUCAUCAAAGAAUUUUCAAAUAUCUCUGUGGGAAAACUAGUGGAAGCUGGCUGUGUUGCCAAUAAUGCCAUUAUCAGAAAGACCACUGUGAUGGGUCAGCCAACCGAAGGGGCCCUGGUCGCUCUUGCUAUGAAGAUGGAACUAAGCGAUUCAAAAGAUACUUACGUAAAAAAGAAGGAGAUUCCAUUUAGCUCAGAGCAGAAGUGGAUGGCUGUCAAGUGUUCCCUGAAAAAUCAGGAGGAGGAGGUUUACUUUAUGAAGGGGGCAUUUGAAGAAGUGAUGCAGCACUGCUCCAUGUUCAACAGCGGCGGCAUCUCGCUCCCACUGACGCCACAACAGAAGGCGGUCUACGUUCAAGAGGAGAAGCACAUGGGGUCCCUGGGCCUGCGAGUUCUCGCGUUGGCUUCUGGCCCCGAGCUUGGCAGACUGACCUUUUUAGGUCUAGUAGGAAUCAUCGAUCCUCCAAGGGACGGAGUGAAAGAAGCUGUUCAGAUCCUCAUCGAGUCUGGCGUCUCCGUGAAAAUGAUAACGGGAGAUGCUCUGGAAACAGCUUGGGCUAUUGCCCGGAAGAUCGGUCUCUGCAAUGGAAAGAUGAAAGCCAUGUCUGGAGAGGAGCUGGAGAACGUCACGGAGUCAGCAUUAUCAUCCACAGUCAAAAAUGUUUCCAUCUUCUUCCGAACAAGCCCCAAACACAAACUUAAAAUCAUAAAGGCUUUGCAGAAAGCUGGUGCCGUUGUGGGAAUGACAGGAGACGGGGUGAACGACGCUGUGGCUCUAAAAUCUGCUGAUAUUGGGGUCGCAAUGGGAAGAACCGGGACAGAUGUUAGCAAAGAAGCCGCCAAUAUGAUCCUUGUGGAUGACGACUUCUCGGCUAUCAUGAAUGCAAUCGAGGAGGGAAAAGGAAUAUUUUACAACAUUAAAAAUUUUGUCCGUUUUCAGCUCAGCACGAGCAUCUCGGCACUGAGCUUAAUUACUCUGUCAACAGUCUUCAAUUUGCCAAAUCCUCUCAAUGCUAUGCAGAUCUUAUGGAUCAAUAUUAUAAUGGACGGGCCUCCGGCUCAGAGUUUGGGUGUUGAACCAGUUGACAAAGAUGCCAUCAGACAGCCUCCCAGGAGUGUCACAGAUACAAUUCUCAGCAGAUCCCUGGUUCUAAAGAUCUUGCUGUCGGCUGCCGUCAUCAUCAGCGGAACCCUCUUUGUGUUUUGGAAAGAGAUUCCUGACAGCGGCAUAACACCGAGAACCACAACGAUGACUUUCACCUGCUUUGUGUUUUUUGACCUCUUCAACGCCCUGACGUGUCGGUCCCAGACAAAACUGAUAACGGAGAUUGGCGUUCUCCGAAACCGCAUGUUCUUGUACUCAGUGCUGGGAUCCAUUUUGGGCCAGAUGGCUGUUAUUUACAUACCUCCAUUGCAGAAGAUCUUCCAGACGGAGAAUUUAGGAGUACUGGAUCUGUUGUUCCUAACCGGCUUGGCCUCCUCUGUUUUCAUCCUAUCGGAACUCGUCAAAGUGUGCGAGAGGUUUUGCUGCCGAACAAAGACAGACAAAGGACAACAAGAGCCCGUGUGA